CUCUCCGAGCUCCUGGCCGCCCCCGCGCAAGGGACCGGCAAGGUGUUUGGUGACACGGACCAGGUGCGCAUGACGUCCGAAGGCUCCGACUGCCGCUGCAAGUGCAUCUUGCGGCCGCUCAGCAAGGACGCCUGCAGCCGCCUCAAGGAGGGCAAGGUGAGGGUGGAGGACUUCUACACGGUGGAGACGGUCAGCUCGGGCAGCGACUGCCGCUGCUCCUGCACGGCCCCGCCUGCCUCGCUCAACCCCUGCGAGAACGAGUGGAAGAUGGAGAAACUCAAGAAGCAAGCCCCCGCGCUCCUCAAGCUGCAGUCCAUGGUGGAUUUGCUGGAAGGGACGCUGUACAGCAUCGACAUGAUGAAAGUCCAUUCGUACAUCAACAAGGUCGUUAGCCAGAUGAACACCCUGGAGGAGACCAUCAAGGCCAACCUGAGUCGCGAGAACAACCUCGUCAAGGACAGCGUCCUGCAGCUCAGCAGCCAGAUGAAACGCUACGAGAACUACACCGACGUCAUGCUGAGCGUAAAGAAAGAGCUCUCCAGCUUGGGCUACCAGCUGCUGCAGAAAGACGCGGCCGCAGCGCCUGAGCACAGAGUCCAGGACACGGCAGCGGGCAAAGGCAAGGAGGUCGCCGGGAAGUACGUUGGCGCUCGUAAAGGGCUUGGGGAGAAGGCCGUGCCAAAGGGCUCCAAGGAGAGGCUGCCCAAGCCGGAGAAGCUGAGGAAGGAGAGCACCAAGGUCCAGGCAGGGGCAGGGCAGCCCACCGCCAAGCCCAGAGUCCCUGGGCACCAGCAAGCCCUGCUGCUCGGCAUCACCUACUACAAGGCAGGGCGCCGGGAGGAUGCCGAGGGGGCGGCGAGCAGCCGCGGUGAGUCGCCAGCCUCUCUGAACGGAGCGACAAACCUUGCUCAGCCCCCGAACUCUGCAAAAGUCUGGAAGCCACCAGACACUGGGGGGCUGGAGAAAAGGGGACAGGGCUCCAGGACGGGACGGGAAGGUGGCUCUGGUGGAGUCCCAAGGGCUAGAUCUGGCUUCCACCGCCUACAGAGACCCCUGCCAAAGGAGCCAUGCAUGUGGAGCAGCAGGAGGAAAGCAAAGUCCCCGAGGCCCACCCGGCCCAGGCGGUCCUGCCAAGGGCGGAAGGAAGGUCCACAGCGGCUUCUGUCGCCGCCACCACCACCCCCGUCCCGGCCAGCACCUGGGCCCCCAGAACCAGCAGCCGAAGUCCCCCCCCCGGAGCGAGGCACCACCACGGAGCAACCGGCCGACGCCAACCACGUGCGCGAGGCGGAGUGCGAAGGCACCCUGGAGGCGGUGGAGGCCCCCGAGGAGCAGCACAGCUACGGGCGCAACGAGGGCGCCUGGAUGAAGGACCCGACCGCCAAGGACGACCGCAUCUACGUCACCAACUACUACUACGGGAACAGCCUGGUGGAGUUCCGCAACCUGGACAGCUUCAAGCAAGGGCGCUGGACCAACCUGUACAAGCUGCCCUACAACUGGAUUGGCACCGGCCACGUGGUCUUCCGGGGUGCCUUCUACUACAACCGGGCCUUCACCAAGAACCUCAUCAAGUACGACCUGCAGAAGCGUUUCGUGGCCGCGUGGUCCCAGCUGCACGACGUGCUCUACGAGGACGCCACGCCGUGGAAGUGGCGGGGCCACUCGGACAUCGACUUUGCGGUGGACGAGAGCGGCCUGUGGGUGAUCUACCCGUCGGUGGACUACGACUCCUCUGAGCAGGAGGUCAUCGUGGUGAGCAGGCUGGACCCGACGGAUCUCUCCACACACCGGGAGACCACGUGGAAGACGGGCCUCAAGCGCCGCUCCUACGGGAACUGCUUCCUCAUCUGCGGCAUCCUCUACGCCACGGACGAGCCCAGCGCCAAGGAGGGGCAGGUCUUCUACGCCUACGACACCCACACGGGCACCGAGGCCAACCCCAAGCUGCUCUUCCGCAGCGCGUUCUCCUUCGUCACGCAGAUCGACUACAACCCCAAGGAGAGGGUCCUCUAUGCUUGGGACAACGGGCACCAGGUGACCUACAGGCUGCGCUUCGUCGCCUGAGCGCCGGGCCCCCGAGCGGAUCGCGGCCGGGACGAGCCUCCUUCGACGCGCCGGCGUGGCCUCGGCCCCGGAGGGGGGAGAACUUGGGCCCACGGAGCGGAGCCGUGCGCAGCCCUGCCUCGUCCCCGCCUCCCCGGCGGACGGCCGCUCACCUAUGCAAGACUUCUCUGGAGCAUGUCAGGACUUCCAGGGGCCGGGGCAGCUGGGGAGACAAUGGAAGGAAGGACGGCCUCUCCCCCCGCCCCCUGGCUCAGCCUUUCGCCCUUGUAGAGUUUCCUUUCGGAAACACCCUGCUUAAAAUAGGCUGGCUCUGCGUUUUACGUAGUGGGAUGUAGACGGUGAGGAAGCGUGUGCGCAUCUGUGCAGGAACGGAGCGCUCGCUCCCACUGACUGGAGGCGGGACGGAGAGGACAAAAGGCCGGUUUUGUUUUCAAUUGAGGCAACGGGGUGUGGACUCUUGCAGGCUCUGCCCUCUGGACCAACACCCCUGCCCUAGGAAACGGGCACAGCGGCGCAGGCCCCGUGGUCCGAUCCAGCGUCGAUCUCAGAACCUGCUCAGACAAAAGCUGCCCUUCCGCCAGACUCCCCACGACUGGCGCCAUUCAGACGUGCCAGGCCCCUUGGGCUCGGUGGCUGAGCUGAUGGGAGUUGUAGUCCAACACAUCCUGAGCACACCAAAUUCGGACACCUGUAUUACAGGGAUUGAAAUGUUGCGCUGGCAAAAUUGUGGAAAGCCCCAGCCCCCCUCCUCCUUCUUGCAACCCACACCUCCCGUUGCAAUACUUUCUACAUCGCCCUGGGCACAGGUUCCCUAGCCAUGCCUUCUCCCAUACAGGAUCCCUCAGAAGCGACGGAGUCCCCAGUUUAUGGGAUGCAGGCUUUUUGGUCCUGGAAGAAAGCAGCAACAGCAAUUGAUGGGAUGAGGGGGGAAAUGGGCUUUGGCACAAGGACCCCGUGGGGUUGUGGAACGCCGGGGAUUCAGCCUUGCUCGGGUCUGCAGGUGGGUUUAAGUGGAAUGCCCCCAGAGAGAGGUGGGGGGGGUCAACUUGGCAUUCACCAAAGCCGCGGUGGUGCCGUGUGGAGUACUGGACUGGGACUUGGGUCCAAAUCCCCAAUUAGCCACGGGGCUUCUUAGCCGGCCCAGUUCACAGGCUGGUCAACAUGCCCCAGCGGCUUGCCCAGCGAAUCUGGGCAAGUGCAGAAUUUGGAAUCGGGGUGCCAACGUGCCUUUCGUUCUCUGCAGCACCCGUGCGCACGAGGCCAGGGAGCUGGGAGAAUGAAAUGGAGGAGGAGCUUGCAAGCUGCCCUGGGCUUCUUGCAAGGGGAACAAAGCCAAAAUAUAAAUGUACUAAUACAUAAUAAAAAUGCAAACAUAAACUGGCUGAGACUUAGGACCUUUGUUGUAAGGAGCGCUGUUGGAGAUAGAGACAUGAUUUGUAACUCCCGUUAGUGAGCGUAGCUUUUUCCCAAGCCGCUCCCAAGCAUGUUCUUAAUAUAACCUCAGGAUGGGCAGUCGGCACCCAGCCAUCUUUUGGGCUUCUCAGCAUUGGUCAGUGCCAAGAAAGAGAAGCCGAAGCAUCUUUCCGUUUGGUGUUUCUGAUACAUUUAGCUGCAUGUGCUAUUGUGUUUUUAAGCUUAUGCCUGUGCCCAUGAGGACUAGAACUUUGAAGAUACAGGCUGCAGGCAUUCUCAGGAUUCAGUGCCAAGGCUGUGCCAAUGCACUCGAGCAGGGAGGAAAAGGGGGCAUCGCUUUUGGCAGCCUCCGACUUUCCUACAGCUCACCUGUUGCUAAUGCCAAAGGGAGGAAAGGUGGGGGAGGCUGACUUUUGCAUGAGAGUACUAAUAUUUUCAUUUCUGUGUGUCUGAAACUGAGUUUCAUUAAAAAAAUACAACCAUCCCAA